AUGGAGAGCACCGGGACAUACGACCACUGCGUGCACCGCGAAAUGGAAACGCUCAUCCUCGACUACAUGAACAUACAUGCGGCAAUGGGACCGUACAUCGAAAAUGAUUUGCAACAAUGUGAAGGCGCCGGAUACUCGGGUGGCCAAUUGGCGAGUUUGGGAACUGCUGAUACUGCCGUGGAGAGGGCACAGAAUCAGGAAAUCAUUUCCUCAAAGCAGCUCGGGGAUGCCGCCAAGAAGUGUCUCAGCACGCUUACGAAAAUGGAUAAAACGGCGGCUCUCCAAAGAGCCAGGCAUGCCCGGGCCCAGAAGGCGCGAGAUGCGGCCCGAUCGGUGUACACAGACCUACGCGCAAAAAUGCUGAGCCGACACCCCGCUGACUGGCUGGCCGAGUUCGAGCCCAAAAAAGUCAAGCAGGGUGACAUUGCUCGUGGUUCUGCGGCUCCUCCGUCCCCAGCGCGAGACCCAGACGAGAGUAUCGUCGAGCCCGAGAUGGUCGAUGAUGCCACUCCAACUGCAAGCUGCCCCCACAGCGAAGCAGCGGCUCGCAUCGUCGGCCCACGCCGUCCAAGUCAAGCCCAAGGGCGACAAUACGACAACAACUUGGAACCCACCCAUGCAAAUGGUAAGAAGCGCCUAUUUUGCGAU